UUUUAUUCAAUUCUUCGAUUCUUUCAACCUCAUGCUACAUGAUCUAUAUAAACACCUUAUUGGCUGACAGAGUUCCUCAUUAUCACAUACACAAAACACAAAGAUUAUCAACAUGGCUUCCAAGUCACUCUUUCUUGUUGCCUUACUCGUCGGCUCUUUCGCUUUCACUUCAUUUGCUAGCGUCGCUAACAGGAAGCUUAAGAGUGGUCUCGAAGAUCAAAAGACGUUCUUCCACCAUCGAGGUGGUCUCGGUGGAGGCGGUGGUCUCGGUGGAGGCGGCGGCCUUGGUGGAGGAGGCGGUCUUGGAGGAGGUGGAGGACUUGGGGGAGGAGCUGGAGGCGGUUUAGGCGGAGGAGCUGGAGGCGGCGGUGGUUUAGGCGGAGGUGGUGGUUUAGGUGGAGGAGCUGGUGGUGGAGCUGGAGGUGGAUUUGGUGGAGGAGCUGGAGGUGGUGCUGGAGGCGGUGGUGGUCUUGGUGGAGGCGGUGGUGCCGGUGGAGGAUUUGGUGGUGGUGCUGGCGGUGUUGCAGGUGGAGGGUUUGGAGGUGGAGCUGGUGCUGGGGGUGGACUCGGAGGAGGAGCUGGAGGUGGAGCUGGCGGUGGCGGUGGAUUUGGAGGAGGAGCUGGAGGUGGUGCCGGUGGUGGAUUCGGUGGUGGAGCCGGUGCUGGAGGUGGUUUCGGUGGUGGACGUCAUUGAUGAGAGCUACAAUAUAUUGACGUUAAAGCAUGGAACGCUAUGCAUGGCAAUGGUUCUACUUACCAAAGUAAUACUAUGAGAUCCAUUAAUAUAUUAUUCACCUAAAGUUAUUCGUUCCAUGAUUUUGUGUUAUUAUCGGGUCUGAUCAGAAAAUAAAUGAAUUAGUUACAAGUUAAUCGAGCUAUACA